GCACUUGAGGGUUUGACUUUCUUUCAAUGUCUCCUUCGAGGGUGAUGCACUCAAUGUUUCGUGCAACAAAAGACCUGGUGAUGUGGUGUAUUCCAGGGAGAAGUUUAAAGACUGUGUUCGAAAUGAUGUAGGUACUGGAGCUGGUAAUAUACUGGUCCAGAGUGAGGCAGGGCUGUCCGGGACAGGAGAUACCAGCAGACUUCUACAUCGGGGAUGAAGCGGAUGCGGCCGUGGGCUAUGCCACCAAGUACCCCAUCCGUCACGGAGUGGUGGAAGACUGGGACCUCAUGGAGAGGUUCUGGGAACAGUGCAUCUUCAAGUACCUCCGCGCGGAGCCCGAGGACCACUACUUCUUGCUGACAGAGCCUCCACUCAACACACCGGAGAACAGAGAGUACACCGCCGAGAUUAUGUUUGAGAGUUUCAACGUGCCCGGUCUCUAUAUCGCUGUACAGGCGGUACUGGCGCUGGCAGCAUCGUGGACCUCGAGACAGGUGGGAGAGAGAACCCUCACUGGAACUGUCAUUGACUCUGGAGACGGCGUCACUCACAUCAUCCCUGUGGCUGAGGGCUACGUGAUUGGCAGCUGCAUCAAGCACAUCCCCAUCGCCGGGCGCGACAUCACCUACUUCAUCCAGCAGCUGCUCCGAGAGAGGGAGUCUGGGAUUCCCCCCGAGCAGUCCCUGGAGACUGCCAAGGCCAUCAAGGAGAAGUUUGGGUACAUCUGUCCCGACAUAGCCAAAGAGUUCAACAAGUACGACACCCAGCCCGACAAGUGGUUCAAGACAUACGAUGGAAAGAACUCCAUCACUAAACAGCCAUUUUCUGUGGAUGUGGGUUAUGAGAGGUUCCUGGGUCCCGAGAUAUUCUUCCACCCAGAGUUUGCCAACCCUGACUUCACCACUCCCAUCUCUGAGGCCGUGGACAGCGUCAUCCAGAACUGCCCCAUCGACGUCAGGCGACCUCUCUACAAGAACAUAGUGCUGUCUGGAGGCUCCACCAUGUUCAAGGACUUUGGCCGUCGCCUGCAGAGAGAUCUCAAACGGACGGUGGAGGCUCGACUGCAGCUCAGCUUCGAACUCAGCGGAGGAAAACUAAAGCCCAAGCCGAUUGAGACGCAAGUGAUCACUCACCACAUGCAGCGAUAUGCUGUGUGGUUUGGAGGCUCUAUGCUGGCCUCUACUCCGGAGUUUUAUGAGGUGUGUCACACAAAGAAGGACUAUGAUGAGCACGGACCCAGCAUCUGUCGCCACAAUCCUGUGUUCGGCACAAUGUCCUAACCUUUUACCUCCGCGCACACACACUGUGCGUGUGUUAUUUACUCCAUACAAAAACUCUGUAACAUCAGUCUAGGCUUUUCACAGGGUAAUUUAUCGUUUUCGACUUAGAAUUCACAAUGUCAACGUUGUUUAGUGCCGUAUUAUACAUUUAUUGUUUAAAAAACAUGCUGCGUAGUUGGCAGUGUGCAUUAGCGAGAUAUUGUUUUUUGAGUGUAAAUUUAUUGACAAUACUGCUUUGUUUUAGCAUGUUGUUGAAACCUCUAUUGUAGCUACAAU